CUUGAGCUUACGACUUCGAACUCUGAUGUCGUCCACGCAUGAACAGCCUACUCAACAGCCCCAGCGGGUUAGAAAGCCUGCAUUCUCGGACUGGCCGACAAUAAAGAUACUGACGCCUCCCCAAGGACGUUUCUCUCCCAAAACCGACGAGUGGUGUAUAACGUACUGCACGCAGACGGUCAAGGGCCGUUUCAACAGCCAGGAACCUUCAUGCCGAUCUUUAUGUAUCCGACGGAUAUUUGCCCAUGAAGUCCGGAAUAUUGUAUCGUUCCGACGGCAUCAAGAUGUCGACGAGGAGGGCAAGGCAAAGUACCCACUACCUGCUGAGGGACAGCCCGUCAAUAUGCCUCGAUACUUAGGUGGGAAGGCGUCCUCGGAUACGGAUGAUGAGCCGACACCGCCGCCUGAACGGAAUAGGGCGACCAAGUACUGGGACGAGGGAUGGUAUUUAUGGACAAGCACCAGCCAUGUUUCGUCGGUGGAGAAGCUACAAAUGAUGAAGUAUGACCUACGGGGGCAGGUCCGGAGAGAGCACUACAAGGAGCAGAGAAAGGCGACCUGGCAGGAGUACCAGCAAUUCAUAGAACGCAAUGCUCAGCCAGUGCACUCUCCACUUCCCGACGGCGAACACAACAAAUGGUGGGGUGCCAUCGUGCCGCCUCCCCCAAUACCCGAUACAUCAUCACAUUCUUUGCUUAUACCAUUACCACCACAGAUGCCUCCAGCUUGGGAUGGUAUAAGUAAGCUACUGCAGCCGACACGGCGCGUUUUGACGAUCUUCCGAGACAGUCUCAUCGCUGGGGACCACUUGACGUUUGCAGGGAUGGUUUGGCGAAAAGCAUGGACAAAGGAGCCUUAUUUUCUUGUUCAACGGACGUUGGAAACUGCGCGUGAUAUGUGGAAGGGAGCUGGGAAGGAUGACAAUGAUGAUGAGAAAGAUAGCACACAUUAGCCUGAUGUAUAUUAUAAUAAUAGAGGACACUAUUCUGUAUAUCGUUAAUACCACUCCAUACAUAACGGAGAAGGAAAGAAAGAC